ACACGUUUUUGUGUGGCGUUCAAACGGUCCCUUAAUGUACAUGGAAGAGAGAGGCGCCGCCGGUUGUUGAGUUUGAGUCGCGUUUUCUCUUGCAUUCCUUCGGAGCUUUGGACUCUAAAGCUCUGAAGGAAUCUGAGUGCUUUACACAUUCUUUAUUCUUCGCUCGCUGUCAAGUGGAAUGUGCAGAUCGAGCGGUUGAAUUUUGAAGCAAAUUUUGGCGAACAUCUUGGUCUCGUUUCAGAUCUUUGAGAAAAAUUUUCCAAUAGGCAAUUGAAUUUUGCAUCAAUUCGUCGAAAUAGCUUGGUAGAUCCAUUAGCUAAUUAAGCAUGGAGGCCGGAUUGCAAUUUGCUGGAGUUAAGACUUUGUGCCCGGUUUCAUCGAGGAGAUCUUCGUAUUUCCGGCCUCUAUGCCCAAAGCGGCUUCGUUUUGAUACUUCUGUGGCUUCGGCAUCCGGAUUAUCACAUUCGAGUGUGAAGAGUAGUUGUAGAAGCAGAGUUUUGAAAGUGAGUUGCGAGGGAGUGAGUGUGGAUGUCCUUGAAAGGAAGGAAACGGAGAAUCAAGGUUUCGGCGAAGCAGAGAAUCAAAUGACAUGUGUCAUGAAAUUCGGUGGCUCGUCAGUGGCCAACGCUGAGAGAAUGAGAGAGGUAGCUGAGCUCAUAAUCGGCUUCCCGAAUGAGAGGCCGGUGAUUGUUUUAUCGGCAAUGGGAAAGACGACGAACAAACUUUUAUUGGCUGGAGAAAAGGCGGUCGGCUGUGGCGUUUCUAACAUAUCGAGUAUUGAGGAGUUGAGCUUUAUAAAAGCACUGCAUCUCAGGACUGUGGAAGAGCUUCGAAUAGACAAGUCUACUAUAUCACCACACCUAGAAGAAUUGGAGCAGCUUCUCAAGGGAAUUGCUAUGAUGAAAGAGCUGACUCUACGGACAAAAGAUUAUUUAGUUUCAUUUGGGGAGUGCAUGUCCACUAGGAUCUUUGCAGCAUAUUUGAAUAAAAUUGGUGUAACAGCUCGCCAAUAUGAUGCCUUUGAGAUUGGUUUUAUAACCACAGAUGACUUCACAAAUGCGGAUAUUUUGGAAGCAACUUAUCCAGCUGUUGCAAAGAAGUUAAUUGGUGAUUGGGUUUAUGAACCUGCAAUACCAGUUGUUACUGGCUUCCUUGGAAAGGGCUGGAGGACAUGUGCAGUUACUACAUUGGGUAGGGGUGGUAGUGAUUUGACAGCCACAACCAUUGGUAAAGCACUGGGGUUGCGAGAGAUACAGGUGUGGAAGGAUGUUGAUGGUGUUUUAACAUGUGAUCCUAACAUAUAUCCACGGGCAGAACCUGUGCCAUAUUUGACCUUUGACGAGGCUGCUGAACUUGCAUAUUUUGGUGCUCAGGUCCUGCAUCCGCAGUCCAUGAGACCAGCUAGGGAAGGUGAUAUUCCUGUUAGGGUUAAAAACUCUUACAACCCUAAUGCUCCAGGUACUCUCAUAACCAGGACAAGAGACAUGAGUAAGGCAGAACUUACUAGCAUUGUUUUGAAACGGAAUAUAACUAUGUUGGAUAUUGUUAGCACUAGAAUGCUUGGUCAAUUUGGCUUCCUUGCAAAGGUAUUUUCAACAUUUGAAGAUUUGGGCAUAUCGGUGGAUGUUGUGGCCACCAGUGAAGUCAGUAUUUCCUUGACACUGGAUCCGUCAAAGCUUUGGAGCAGAGAACUAAUUCAGCAGGCAAGCGAACUCGACCAUGUUGUGGAAGAACUUGAGAAGAUUGCUGUUGUGAACCUCCUUCAGCACAGAUCAAUAAUUUCUCUUAUUGGAAAUGUUCAGAAAUCAUCGCAGAUACUAGAGAAGGCGUUUCGUGUUCUUCGAACAAAUAAAGUCAAUGUUCAGAUGAUCUCACAGGGUGCAUCUAAGGUUAAUAUUUCGUUGGUUGUGAAUGACAAUGAAGCAGAGCAAUGCGUGAGGGCUCUUCACUCGGAAUUCUUUGAAAGCGAUCUUCUCUAAACCAAAUUGAUGCCCAUUUAGCACUAGCUGGUGAUCUUCUCACUGUAACUCUAUAUUUAUUUUUCCCAAGCUUGGGGAAGUCCAGUGUCCCUUUUCUAGUCCAAUUAAAAGUUAUCGUUGUCUCUUCAACAAUGUAAUCAUAUUUCGAAUGCAAGCUUAUAGCUUA